GUUCCAGGCAGGCAGCCGGUGACGUUGCUUGGUGUCGCUGAAGGAGGGAGGGACGCCUGAUGUUCCCAGGCUGGAGGCGCGCAGCAGGCGCACCUUUCCCACCUUCUCACAGAGGAAUAAAGAUCUCCCUUCACUCUUUAUGUGGCUCCAUCCUGGAAAAACAACAAAACAAACAAAAACAAAGGAAACAACUCGGAUACUUUCUCCAGACUUUUUUCCCCCAGUCCACCUGCCGCUUAAUUCGCCGCUCUCCACUUUCCACCGCCGGUGUGGAGGCGCAGCUGCGCCGCUUCAUAAAUCUGAGACUUGAAUGGUGCGAAAGUACACCAGGAUUAUCACCUGACAUCACCUUGAGGGAACUCAAAGUGAUCGCUCUGUAAGAUUACCUGUUCUCCGAUGUCAGCUGCACUGUAAUAAUGCCUUUGAGGCUACAAUGUCGACGCUGAAGCACGUUAUUCUGCAGGAUAAAGACCAGGACAAUGAGAAGUUGGACUGGAGUUACAUCAGCGACUGGGCUGACAAUGAAGUUGUCACGACAGGAGUCGCAGACGCAGAAACCCAAACGGACUCGGGGCUUUUUGAGCACAAGGAGUGUCAGACCAGCAGCCCCGUCAUAAUGCACAUAGAUCUCACCCGGACACACUCCAAACUGAGACACGUUUCUCUGAUGGACACCGAGGGCCUGGUGGCGCCUUUGUUCCAGUUUGAUCGCCAGGCUCCGGGGCGCAUCUCUACAUCUCCCACCUUGAGGAGGAUGAGGAGCACCAGACGUCCUGUGAUUGAUCCUCUGGAAUCAGGCAGGAUGGGGAGCACUCAGGAGGAGUCCUCCCCUUUAAGCCCCCUCUCUCCUGUACAGAGAGUCAAAUCUCCCUUAGCAACAAACCCUUCAUCCGAUGGAGAGAAUAGUAAAGAACCUCAGUCAGUUUCAUCGUCUGGCCGACAGAGAACCAGAUCACAUAGAUCAAAGACUUUUGAAAAUGGUAUCCCAUCCACCAAACUGGAAGGCUACAGUGCGGAUUCUGCUCUAAUGAAAUCGUCUGGGGUAGAAGUACAGGAGACAGAACGAUGCCAUCGAAGGGUUCAUGAGAGGAGGCGUAGCUCAGUGGUGGUCAGUUUACCUGGACUUGAUGUCUCACCCGGAGACCUGUUUGUGUCUAACGGAGCCGCAGACAUGAUCAAUGAUUCAAACCUCACUGAUACAAAGAAAUCAAAGUGGCCCUUUUCGAGGCGCAGUACGACUAAAGGGAAGUCACAGGCAGGCACGGUAUCAGAUAUUGAAAAAUACCUUUCAGGGGUGCAGAUUCAAGACUGGAGAAAUGCAGAAAUUCUGAAAUAUAAGGACUUCUCACUGGCUGAGUUCCUCCAGGAUCAGCUCUCGCAGGUGGGUGUUACCUCUGACCCUCAGGGUCGAAAGAGACAAGAGGCCAUCUGGGAACUCUUCACCAGCGAGUGCGUUUACUUCCUGGAUCGGCUCAUUGUUCUCAAAGAGGUGUUUUUUGUCACGCUCACGAACCUGCAGGAGAACAACUGCCUCACGGAUGUUGAUCCAUGGAGCCUGUUUGCAAACCUGAAAGAUCUUUGCCUGGUCAGCCAUAGUUUCCUGAACAGCCUCUUGCGUGUCAUCAAGAACAUGUUGAGUAUUACCCAGGGGGGCGGGCCCACCCUGCUGGAGCUGCUGAGCAAGGUUUUCCAGGAGAGCAUAUGUCACUGCUUGGAGAAGUACUGCCUCAACUACUCCUCAGCUCUGCUUUAUCUGCACAACCUGAUGUCCAGGGAGGACUUUGGAUCAUACGUUAAGUGGUGUGAGAGGAACGAACAGUGCCGGAGGCUACAGCUACGAGACCUGUUGGUGGCACCUUUGCAGCGGCUAACCAGAUACCCGCUGUUACUGAGGAAUAUUGCAAAGAGAUGUCAGGUGUUGGAGGAAAGCCGAGAGCUGCAGCUUAUAGCUGAGAGAGUGGAGAAGUCUAUAUGUGAUUUGGAGGGGAAGGUCAAGUGGCUGGAUAACUACCAGAAGAUGAAACUACUGAGAGAUGCGCUCGUGUGGCUGCCUGUUUGGGAAAGAGAUAAACGUGCCUUCAUCCCAGAGAGUCUGAAACAUCUCCUAAAGGCUGUCACUCUGGACAACCUGAUACCCCACAGAAGUCUGCUGCUGGAAGGAAAGCUGGUGCUCUCAGAGAACACAAAGCUCAUAGAUGUUUAUCUGUUCCUGUUUGACGAAUUCCUGCUGAUCACAAAGAUAAAGCGAAACAAGAAGAGGUCUGUUAGUUCUGAGCAGAACCACCUGAGGCUGCAGCAGAACCUGGAGCUGGAUCAGCUGCUGAAGGAGGGAUGCACCUUUACUGUUCUUGAUCAGCCCAUCUCUCUAGACCGCAUGCAGCUUAAGAACAUUGAUCAGCUAAAUGCUUCCACAUCAGGGCUGCCACAUUCUUUCAUCAUAAUGCACCACAACCGGUACCAACAGUGCAUCGGUGCAUUCAUUCUGCAAGCUGCCUCAGAGUCAGCCAAGAGGGAAUGGAUGUCGAAGAUAGAGGGUGCUGUAGCGGCGCUGCUGAAGCUGGACUCUCAGCAGCCGCGAGUCAAGAGCUCCUCACUGUGGCUGGAGUCCUCCCAGAUCUGAUCCCCUCCAGCAGAAUGUCCCAUCUGAAUCCGUCCCAUCGCGUCGGUGAAAGUAGCUGCUCCAAUUCUAGGAUUAUUUUCUAAACUGUUUGCCUUUAAAGGCAGCUGAUAUGUUAGUGUACAAUAAAUAUCUAAUGUCAGAUAUAA